GCAUAUUUGCAUUCUUUCAAGGAUACUGUUUUUUCUGUGCUCGUAUGAUUAUUUUCGCUCCUGAUAUCCGUGUGCAGUCCGAUUGCGAGGGCGCGGAUUGCGUCGAUAUGGAGUACGGCGAUCUCGAUGGGGUGGAUAUCGAAACCGUGCUCGACAGUCAUAAUUUUUAUCGGAUCGCUCUGGCGAGCGGCAAGACGAGCCGCGGAAAUCCCGGGUUGCAACCCGCCGCGAGGACCAUGAUGGAAUUGAUCUGGGACGACGAACUCGCCGUUAUAGCACGUCGAUGGGCGUUGCAGUGCAAGCUCUUCGAGGAGGAUCAGUGCCGAGACAUUGAACGAUUUGGCGUAUGGCAGAACGUGAACAGCCUCGACAUGGACAGCGUAGAAAAUAGCACGAGUAGGGAAAGAAUUCACUUUCAUAUUACGUCGUGGUACGACGAGGUAGAGGACUUCGACAACGCGGAAAUCGGACUAGUGAACUACUCUAGCGCGACGUGGCAACUCUCCUCUUACAUUCCCCUCGCAUCGGCGACGUUCAUUUACGUUGGUUGCGGCCGCGCGAUUUACACGCUCGACUUGAACAAGACCGCGACGACGCCCGGCGGGUUUGGGAAUCGGGUCGAAGUACUCGUGUGUAAUUACGGACCCGUCGAUCGCACCGCGCCCCGGCAGCUCUACAAGCUUGGCAGACCGAGUCUAUGCCCAUCCGGAACCUUCCCCAGCAACCGUUAUCAAUCCCUCUGCAGUUUAAGUGCAGACUCUACCUUAGAAGAGACUUCAACUGGUCUCUAAUAUUUUUUUAAAAAUUUUAAGGUAGAUUUUAAAGAAGAGAAAAAUUAUUAAAAAUGUAAACGCUAUGAGACAAAGAAUGUCUGUAUAUAUUAUAAUUUGGGGAUUCUUUAGAUUAUUUGACAAUUUGUUUAUUUGAAAGCAGAUUACAUAACAGCAUAUAAGACGAUCCAGCAACCGUUAUCAAUCCCUCUGCAGUAAGUGCAGACUCUACCUUAGAAGAGACUUCAACUGGUCUCUAAUAUUUUUUUAAAAAUUUUAAGGUAGAUUUUAAAGAAGAGAAAAAUUAUUAAAAAUGUAAACGCUAUGAGACAAAGAAUGUCUGUAUAUAUUAUAAUUUGGGGAUUCUUUAGAUUAUUUGACAAUUUGUUUAUUUAAAAGCAGAUUACAUAACAGCAUAUAAGACGAUCCAGCAACCGUUAUCAAGUAAGUGCAGACUCUAUCUUAGAAGAGACUUCAACUGGUCUCUAAUAUUUUUAAAAAAAUUUUAAGAUAGAU